UAAAAUUUGUAAUAUAAUUACGUAUUUUGUUUUUAUUAUUUAUUCUGUGAAAAAUACAUAAUUGUUUUAAUGAAUUUAAUCAAAUUUUUAUUUAAAAAAUAAUUUUAUAAGGGUUUUAUUUUAAAGAUAUUUAAAUAUUCUAUACAUAUGUACAAAUAAUUCUUUAAUGAAAUAGAAGUGGCGUAAAUGAUCCACGUAUGUUAAGUACCCUGCAUGCCUUAUAAGCUUAAAAGAUAUAAAAAUUGAUUGACAUAAUGGAAAACCAACUCGUAGAAAAUAGUCCAAAUAAAUUGCUAUUACCUGAUCAACUUGAAAAUUCAGAAGUUCAAGAAAUUUUAAAAACUGGAACCGAAUUAAGACAAUAUGCAAGAGAAAUAGAAAGAGAAUUUAAAAAUAUUGAAAAUAAAUCAAUUGAUGAUUAUUUAAAAGAAAGUGAAAAUAUAGCAUCAUUACAUAACCAGAUUGGAGAAUGUGAUUCAAUAUUAGAACGUAUGGAAUCGAUGUUACAAAAUUUUGAAAAUGUUUUAAGUAAUAUAAGCAGUGAAAUAACAACAUUACAAAAACGUUCAGUUUCAAUGUCAGUUCAAUUAGCAAAUCGGCAAUCUGUUAAAUCACAGCUUUCUCAAUUCAUAGAGGAUAUGGCUGUAUCCGACGAAAUGAUUAAUAUUAUAAUGGAAACUUCAGUUACCGAAAAAGAUUUCCUUUUACAAUUAAACAUUUUAAAUCAUAAAUUAAAUUUAAUAAAAGAAUUAAAUUUUAAAGAAUCAAAAGCAUCAAAUGACGUUAAUCAUGUUUUAGAAAAAUUAAAAAUUAAAUCAAUUGCAAAAAUUCGUCAUUAUCUACUGGAACAAAUUUAUAAAUUUCGUAAGCCGAUGACGAAUUAUCAAAUUCCACAAAAUGCCAUGCUAAAACAUAAAUUCUUUUUUGAAUUUAUUUUAUCAAACGAGAGACAUGUAGCACAGGAAAUAUGCAAUGAAUAUAUUGAUACAAUGAGUAAAAUUUAUUAUAGCUAUUUUAAGAGUUAUUCAUCGAAAUUGAGCGCUUUAAAAUUUGAAGAAUCAAUAACAAAAGAAGAUUUAAUGGGCAUAGAAGGCAAUCCUUCAAAAGGUUUAUUUGUGAAAACAACAUCUUUAAAACAUAAAAGUACUAUAUUCACAAUUGGUAAUAGAGGGGAUGUAUUAAAUCAACAGCUUGAAGCCCCAAUUAUUGUCCCACAUGCACAACAAAAAAAUCGGUAUACAUUUGAAGCCCUGUUUCGUUCUGAGCAAUAUGCUUUGGUUGACAAUGCUUGUCGUGAAUAUUUGUUUGUGACAGAAUUUUUUAUAGUUCGUGGAUCUCAAGCACAAGACUUGUUCAAUCAGAUAUUGGGAAAAACAUUGACUCUAAUGAUUAAAAAUCUCGAAAUUCAUAUACAAGAUUGUUAUGACACAAUAGCAAUGUUCCUUUGUAUUCAAUUAAUAUUUCGCUAUCAGCUAAUGUGUCAUAAAAGAUGUGUACCAGCUUUGGAUAAGUACUGGGACUCCUUACAAGCUGUAAUAUGGCCUAGAUUUGAACAAAUUUUUCGUCUUAAUAUACAAAGUAUUAGAGAUUGUGAUCCAACUAAAUUUAGUAAAGAAAUGGGACCACAUUAUAUUACACGUCGAUAUGCUGAGUUUUCUGCUGCUAUUGUUGGAAUAUCUGAACAUUUUCCUAAUGAACUUGUGAGUCGUCUUUUAGUUGAAUUACAGAAUGAAGUUGAAUGUUUUAUUCUUCGAAUGGCUGCUAUAUUUCCAAAUAGGAAAGAGCAAUUAAUUUAUUUAAUAAAUAAUUAUGAUUUGGUAUUGGGUAUAUUAAUGGAACAUACAAGAGAUAAUUCAAAAGAAGCUGAAUGUUUUAGAGAGCAACUUACUUCAAGAAGUUCUGAAUAUAUUGAAGAAAUUUUAGCUCCACAUUUUGGUGGUAUAAUUCAAUUUGUUAAAGAGCAUGAACAUUUUUUAGAAAAAGAACAAUUAGAAGAAUUAAAAAAACAAGAGCGUAAAAGUUUAGCAUUAGUUGCACAUUUUUCAGGAAGUUGGAAAAAGUCUUUAGAGGAAUUGAAUAGAGAAGUUUUAUUAUCAUUUCCAUCUUUAUUAACUGGAUCCCAAUUGUUACAAUUGGCUCUAGCAAGUCUGGUACAAUAUUACCAUCGUUUUAAUAAAUUAUUGACUCCAAAUGCAAGAUCACAAUUAACAAAUAUUCAUGUAAUAAUGGUCGAAAUUAAAAAAUACAAAAGUAAUUAUUAAAGUAUUUAAAAAAAUUUUUGUUGUACUUCUAUGAUAAAGUUCGAAAUAUAUUGAACUAUGUAUUGGUAUAAA